AUGUCAAUUGCUACAAGAUCCCCAAAGAAGCAGCCUAGCAAAUGGUCCGAGAAAAAGCGCAGCAACACCCUUGAUGUUCUCACACGUCCCGGCGAGGAUACAUUCUCCAGUAUAAAGCGCUUGAGCCAAAGCAAGAUUCUUGUGGAGCCAUAUAGUUUAUAUAAAGGGAUCAUGGCUCUCCGAAAUGAGGACCUCAAGCGUGCUGCCAUUCUACAAUAUCAUGUAGCGAGGCAACAAGGUCUUCAGUACUGGAUCAAGGAAUUCCGAAGGAAUUGCCAGUGUGACAUGUCAGAGAACUGGAUUGAUGAAAAUCUACCUUCUUUGGACGGAAAGAAACUUCACAUAUUUAAAAAGUCAGGAGCCGCGUAUGCCCCCGAAUCAUCACGCGACAUACGUCUUGCAACCAAUCCAAACAUCAAGAUUAUUCAAGAGAAUGCAGCAGACAACGACACAGGAAAUUUUUCUAUGGGGAAAGUAGCAAGCUCUGUUGUACUAGUUGAGUCCUCAACUCCGAGACAUUAUGAAAAACCAUCUUGUCGUCAGUCCUCUUCUAGGGAAACGUAUGCUGUUUCAGACAGGACUACGCAUAUGCUAGGUUCUGGAAAACAUAUCCCCUCUCAAGACGUUUCUACCAGCAGCAGUGAUAAUGUAGCAAUAAGAAAGGUCAGAUCCAGGAAGAGAAACUUGUCUGUAACAGUAAGUCAACCCUCGACAAAAUUAAAGUCUUCUCAGCAUUCAGAGUAUUGCAUGCUUUCAACUUGUUUUUCCUUGGAUAAAAAAGUUAGACGUCAUUGCACUAAGAGCCACAUGCCGUCAAUGUUCCAGAUGGUUUCAACAGAUUCCAAUAAUGUUGGUCAGUGUGUCCAAGCAUUAAGGUGGCUUAUUAGAGCCGCCUUAGGAGAACGAGCUACCUUAGACGAUGCAGUGCAAACAGUCAAUCGGGCCGGUAAAAUUCCUCCAACAAUUUCUCUUAACCCACUGCAUUCAGAUUUAUUUCGCCAAGCAUGUCGGUUUUUAGAGGUACAAGAGCCUGAAAAGUUCACUCUUCAUCCAGUGAAUUCUCCAGCUGUAUUGUUGUUUUGGAGAUGCAUCAUGGUACUCUUGGACAAAUGCAACCAAAGUCAGCAGAAGUAUUUUUUUCAUUUUAAAUCAGUCAGUGAAACAUCCAUGCCAUUUUGCAAUCCCAUUUCAUUCAAUACCCCAAUUUCGUUGAAUAUUCAGUCAGACUCAGAGUUGCCAUCAGAUCUGGAAGAGUAUCCUUUGCCAGACGGAAGUACCUCUGAUGACAUGGAAGUGGCCGAACAGGGUGAGUUACCUGCCGUGUUUGAUAGCCACUUUCACUUGGAUCGUUCAAGUAAGAAAAUCUGGGGAGUUAACAAAGGGCACACUGUAGAGGACGUUUUGCACUAUAGUGAUUCAAACUUUGUGUCGUGUAAGCCAUCUAUUCCUGUUAGAGUUGUUGGAGGGAUCAUUGUCUACAGUGAACCCGAGACAUAUCCUAAUAUAUCUUUCACUUUGGAAGGACCUUGGAGAGUCGCUGUAGGAGUACAUCCAAAACAUUACAGAUCAUUAUCUGAUGAAAAGAUGAGCUUACUGCAUCAAUUACUUCACCAUCCAAAAGUUGUUGCUCUAGGAGAAUGCGGGUUAGAUAGAAGUGUUUCGCCGUCUGAGUGGUCGCAGCAGGAAGAGGUCUUCGUUAAGAUUUUAAGUCUUGCCAAGCCCUGCAAACCGCUAGUUUUACAUCUUAGAGGGCCGGUGGGCGAUGAGUAUGGGUCAGAUGUAAAUGCAAGAUGCAUAAUGUUAAUGGAAAGGUAUUGUAGCCGUGCACAAUGGAUCCACGUCCAUUGCUUUAAAGGAAAGGUAGACGUAGUAGAGACCUGGCUAAAAAAAUUUCCUAACACUUAUUUUGGAGUCACAGCGGCUGUCCGCACAUUUGACGAAAACCAGAUUACUGGUUUGAAGGCAAUUCCAAGAAAUAAGCUGGUACUGGAGUCUGAUGCACCGUACUUUCCAUUGGGUAGAGCUAAAGUCAGCACACCAGCAUAUCUAGGGGAGACUGCUUCGCUCGUUGCUGUUAAUUUGGGUAUUAGGCCUUCAGAACUCAUGCAGGUCACUUUGGAAAACGCCCGGUACCUGUAUAGACAGAAAGUUGGAUACACGCUGUAAUAUUCAUAUUAGAGUCUGCUUUUGGGGGGAAAAAUCAUACUUUUCAUAAAAAAAUCUAUAUUGGAGUAUUCUUGAAUCAGAUUUUAUAAUUGAAGUCAGAUUUCAUAAUCGGAGUCAGAUUUCGUAU